AUGGGUAAAUCUUCAUCCCGCUUUGAUCUUGAUAGUGAUGCUCGUAACAGCUGCCUGGGUUCUGUAAAGGAAAUUCUCGAAGAAAAUGAAGCCGACAUCGAAGCUCGAGAAACACUUACAAUCGAAGGCGAAACUGUGGAGCUUUGUUCACCGUUAUUCGCCGCUGCUACUGGAGGCCAUCUUGAUGUUGCGAAACUGCUGAUUGAACGUAAUGCAAACGUUGACGCCCAAGUAGGGACGUUUAAAUACCAUAUUUCCGAGGUAAGAACUCCUCUAAUGAUGGCAUGCCACGGUUGCUACCUGGAUAUCGCCUCUUAUCUCAUCGAACAUGGUGCAGAUAUAGAGCUACAAGACUCAAUUAACCGCGACACAUGUCUUCACUAUGCUGCCAGAAUGGGACACGUUGAUGUAGUUGACAAACUGCUUUCUCUAAGAGCGGAACAAAAUCAAAAUGAUAAGGGUGUAACGCCACUAUUCGAAGCCUGUUUUCAUUGCAAAAUUGAAGUGGUGGAGUAUUUUAUCAAAAGACCAGACUGUUCAAAGGAGCAAAGAAUUGAUGCUCUGGAACUUCUUGGUGCCUGCAUUGCUAGUAAUGAUGUUGCUUAUGACGCUAAAAAAUCAUUAACUUACAUGAAACGCGGAAUGGAGGCGAGAUUUGAGGACCCGAUGCAUCCGUUCUUAAAAGAGAUGUGGAUUGGUAGGGAGGAGAGUCAAACUGUCGAGGAACUCGUUCUCAAGUUGAUAGGAGAUGAUGAAGCCAUCAAAAUGGAGGGACUUUUCAUCAUGACGAGACUUUUGAGGUUUGAGGAUUUUUCGGAGUAUAAAAAUAGGCGUCAGAGAGCUGACUCUGGGGGCUCACGUUCCUCUGGUUGGUUGUGGGCGUUCUUGGAUAAAACCCGGAAAUUCUCUGACCUUGUACUGAUGAGCGUGGAUGAUUUCAUAGAGGUGUUGUAG